UGGGUGAAGUCGCUUGAGCUAAUUUUCGCAGAAGGCCUCGUUUUCCCGUUUCCUCCACUUUUAUUGGAAGCAACUAAACAGAGCUAAUGUAAUCUACUGUUUGACCGUGCGUAUCAUCACGACUGUGACUCCUUUUUUAUAUCUUAAAACCAAGUAUAGAAUUGAGUUAUUAACUGGGCCAUUUCGAAAGAGGGGAUUUGCCUUCACAACACUGUAAAUUAUUCCGAUCUGUUUUUGCCCUAAAAAUGUAGCCGUUUUUGGCGAGAAAAAACGUAAAUAUUUUGGUCUAAUUUAGCUCACAAUGAGGGUUAUUACAGUCCAUAUAGUUACCUAUGGCUUAUUUGGACCCACGGGCUGAGCUGAAAUGAGUCUCAGCGUGGGCUGGAAUAGGCAUUUGAUGGGGCUGUUCUUACUCAAAUUGUGUCGAAAUCAGAGACUCAAUCAGAUUUUGUCCUGCACGGCUAAAUUGGCACUUUGGGGCUAAAACAUGCAGAUCAUUCUUUUUAAUUCCCUUUUCUUUAACGCCCAAGAUAUCACUGGGCUGGCCGGUUACUUGAGGGAUAGCGCUGUAGUUUAGCCCUUUGGCUCAAAAAAAUUUUAAAGUUCAAGAUUUCAAAAUAAUGUCCUUUUGUAAAAUGCAGAAGAAAAUAUCAUCACCAUAGGUUUUUUCCCUGUGAGAACACAGAUAUGUCUUAAUUUUCUCUAUACCUGGUGCUGGGAGUAACGAAGUUUGCAAUGUAAUCAGAGUAGUGCUGACAAUUUUGUUUUAGAUCACACAACUCAAGAUUGCCAGCAAUCCAUUUGCCAAAGGAUUUCGGGAUUGUGAUCCAGAUGACUGGUACGUGUCCUAAUUUGCUGUAAAGAAAAAUUCCUCAUUCUUAGUCUUGACAAAAACUCUGACGGGACCGUUUUGACAAGAUAGUAGGGAACUUGAGCAAAGGCGUUUUUGAGCGACGUAAGUCAAUCGGAAGAGGAUCUUUUACAUUUCUGAGCAGUGGUUUUCCCCAAAUUUUCAGUUAAAUCGUCUCUGGAGUGUAAAAAAACUAAGCAGUACAAAUUUUAUAGCGUUAAGGCAUGUUAAAAGGGAAACGUCCUCACUUCCUGUUAACGUGCAUCUCUCAAAAACGCCUUUGCUUUACCUCCCUAGUCUAAGGGUGUUUACUUAAAUAUUUACAAAAGGAGGGUCGUAGCUAGACUUUAAGUGCUAGACUUUAAGUGCAGUCAAGACACUAGCUGUAAACGGAGAAGCCACGCCGGGGAACAGCCAGGUGGGGUCUGGGGGUGUGCCACCUAACUGUAAAACUGAGACGAGGCAAUUGCCGAAUUAUUGAAGCUAGUUACGAGGCCGAAUUGCAAACUCGCCAAGGCAGCUAAUUUUAUUUACUUUAGAUUAGAUUGAAACCUUAACCAUGUUCAACGCUUUAUGACUGGUUCUUAAUUGAUAAUGAACCUCUCUACCAUGACACGUAAUCAUGAAAAACAAAAACCGAAACUUUUCUAUCGACAUCUUUUUCUUUCGUUACAACACAGCGUAAUGGAGGUCAUGAAACAACUUGAUCAGGGAGAAAUAGCCGCGACAGCACGUGCCAGAUUACAUGGAGAUAUGAUGCCUCAGAGAAACGAUGUACAAUUAUCGAGACCCCAGGCCCCUCGACCAAUGACGCCUGCAAUGAACCCGGCAUUCACUUAUCAAGGUACUGGGAAUGCUCGUACAUUUCCUUCAUUUAGAGUUCUUCGAUAAAAACUGCUAACUUCCUUAAUAGACCUUUUAGGUCUACGUUUGUUUUUAUUUGCUGGUUGGUGAGGUGUUUUGUUUUGUUUUGUAUUUUUUAUUCGUAGACUGUAUUUCUGCCGCUCACUCACUUAGCUUCGGUUUUCCUCCUUGCGGGUGAGCGCGGGCUCAUUUAUCGGUCAGCUGCUAGUAACAGAGUAAAAUGAAAGGCUGUAACCUGAAAAAUUGAUAUUUCUAUAUAAAAGCCGGACGCAAAUGCUACAUAAAGGCUUUCUCUUUGGGGAGGUUAUCGGAGAGAAUCGAGAGACAACAACAACAACAAUUCAACGUACACGUCAUCCACAUGUCAUCCAUAGCCAAGAAACUGGAAGUUUUUGAAUUAAUAAAAUACAGAAAAUUAGCAACUAAAUAUUGACAUAAAAACAAAAACAGAAAAACAGAAAAAUUGAAUCAAAAAAAGUUAAAGUAGUCCAAGGGUCAUCUCAGCUUUCCUCUUCUCCUACCUUACGACGGAUGUCAUCAGCUGAAGUAUUCUUCAUCUUUGAAGUACUAUGAACGCAGACUAGUUUUGUGGAUAACUUAGUUUAUAAUUGUUUGCCUUUAUUUUGUAGGUCCAUAUGAGAACAGAGGAGCUCCUUUGUCUCACGUACCAAGAAACCUCCCCAACCCCUCCCCACCAGGGGGAUACAUUCCAAUGAUGCCCCAAAUGAUGAAUCACGUGGGACCUAAUCCAAUGUCUCCAACAAUGACAAUGUCACCGACAUCCCCGACGAGCCCCGGAUAUGGCCAGCGUACUUACCAGUCACUGCGCAUGCACCGAACGAUGCCUUACCCAACUAGGGGAAGCAGAUCGUCUUCAAGCGAUGAAAGUUGCCAAUAGAAAAUUCAAUGUUAAUUAAAAUCG